GGCGACCGACGCCGUCCACAGCGCGCUCGACGUUCGACACGACGAACUCGAUAUCCCACACAACAUCAAGAGUCUCAAGACUGUUCGUCGCCAGCAAAGUACCCCAUCCGCCCGACAAGACCGCCUCUUCCUUCGCCAUCCCCACAUCGUCGACAAUGGCUACCGCGCCGCCGCCCAACCACGACCCCUCCCUUUCUCAUGGCGCUCCAUCAGGCCAGCAUCCUCCCCCUCCUGGUGGGCAGCCCCCCGCGGGUGUCGCGGGCGAGGCGCCUGUCAUGCCAAUGAGCGGUCUUGGCUCUGAGCAAGUCAUGGCGCUGCUGAAGCAGCUCCCGGGCAUCAACUUCCCGAGGGGUGAUCUGAAAGACUCGGCAGCUGCUGAGGCCCUGUCGAACCUCGCACAAGCGGCUUAUCCUGGCCAUCCACAACAUCCAGGUCACCUUCCUCAUCCACACCAGCCCCCUCCGCCAUACCAUGUCGUCCACCCCUCGCAACAUCAGCAGGUCAUGGGUGGCGAACCAGGACCGUCGACACACCCUCGCGGUCCCCCGAAUCUCGGCCAGCUCGCGAAUACCGCGUUGCAAAACGCGCCACCCCCAGGGCAGCAGCCUACCAUGCGUGUCAGCCAAGAACCCGCGCCAUUGUCAGCUGGCGGAGCCAACGGCGGGCUCUUAGAUGAUGACCAAGAUGAGACUGACAAGUCUGGUUCUACCGGGAAGCCCGCGUCUGCGCGUAGGGGUGGUAGGAACGCCACCAUGACCAACGAAGAGUGGACACGACAGAGGAAAGAUAACCACAAAGAGGUUGAGCGCCGGCGACGGGGCAACAUCAACGAGGGUAUCAACGAACUCGGCCGCAUCGUUCCGAACGGAUCGGGCGAGAAGGCGAAGGGUGCGAUCCUAUCACGCGCCGUCCAGUAUAUCCACCACCUGAAGGAAAACGAAGCGCGCAACAUCGAGAAGUGGACGCUCGAGAAGCUGCUCAUGGACCAGGCGAUGGGCGACCUCCAGGCGCAGCUCGAGGAGAUGCGCCGGAUGUGGGAGGAAGAGCGCAUCGCGCGCGAGCGCAUCCAGAGUGAGCUCGAGGUCCUGCGCGGCCUCCAGCAGGGCCUGUCCCUCGGCGCUGCACAAGCUGCUGCUGCCGCGGCGGUUGCAAAUACUGCCACCACGUCUAUUUCCGCUCCGAGACCGGCGGGGGAGAACCGCGCGAAAACGCCCGAUGCCUCCAAAGAGAACGGCGGCAACAAGCGCGAGAGGGAGGAGGGGGAGGCUCAGGAGGGUGCGUCGGCUGAGCACAACGGCGAGUCCGAUCCCAAGAAGGCCCGCAUGGAGUGAGCUCGAGCCUCCGUGUGGGCCCCGCGUUCUCUCUGAACUACCGCCGAGUUUGUGUUGUGUCCGCGCAAGUUGAUGGUGUAUCAUAGGUUCGUGUGUGGACGUGUGUCUUCGCUUGGAAUGAUGCUUUUUUGUU